CAACAUUGCUCAUAAAACAUCGAUGUUUUAGUCUUGCAAAAUAUCGAUAUAGAAAGCAUCGUCAUUGUCCUAACACGUUUCAGCUUUUAAAAGCUAGUUUUUCGUAUUCCAGCAGUACUGCUAUCCCUUAACGCAUUGGUAUUUUUUGUAUUGCAUUGAAGACGCAAAUGGCUUGCAGAUGGCGCUUUUAUAAUCUGACUAUGGCCACCCACUCAUGAUUUGGUGAAAUGUAAAGGCUGAUGGAACCAUACAAGCUUCAUUAACAUACAUAUGUGUGUUUCAAUUUACCAAAAACAUCGGUACAAAACAUCGUUCAUUCAUCGAGUCUCAACAUCGAUUUUUAUGAGCGACACAUUGAUGUUUGUAAACAUUGAAUUUGUAUCCCUUUUUCUGCUCCUUCAGUCGCUUGAGAAAAGGCAAAAGUGGUGGAGGUUUUUUUUACUUUCGGAAUUUAUCAGCGGAAAGUGUUGGAAUUGUAUAGUGAUUUUUUAAGGCGUUGAAAAGUGAAAUAAACAUAUACUUAUUUCUUUAUUCCUAUAAUUCAUUGAACUUAAAGGUAGUAAAACAGCAGUCCUUGCUAUUUAAAGUGACAAAAGGAACAAUAUUUGAAAUCGAAAGCUUGUAAAGGAAGGUAGAAAUAUAGCAAAAUGGCUUCUGGGGGCCUAACGUGUGUGAAGUUUAUUACAUUUUUUUGUAAUUUACUUUUCGCUUUGACCGGCCUGCUCAUCCUUAUUGUGGGUGCUAUGGUGCAGUUGAACUAUGCGCAUUAUUCGAAUUUCGUCAGCGAUCACAUCUGGACUGUACCCAUAAUUUUAAUUAUUGUGGGCGCUACAAUAGCAUUCAUUUGCUUCCUCGGCUGCUGUGGCGCUUUGAAAGAGAACAGUUGCAUGAUUUUGUCGUUUGCCAUUUUGGCAGUUAUUAUAUUCCUCUUCGAAAUCGGAUUGGGCAUAGCUGGGUAUGUUAAACAUGCGGCACUGAGCGACAUAAUGGAGGGACAAUUCAAUGCAACCAUGAAGGAAUACAACGAACGCCAAGAAAAUCGGGAUGCUUGGUCGCUUUUGCAAAGUGAGAUGGAUUGUUGCGGCACUUUUGGGCCAAAGGAUUGGGAACAAGUAUUUACUAAUACCUCCUUACCACCCGCCUGCUGCACUGUUAUCAAUCUAAAUGAAGCCCAGGAUUGUACUGUGGUUCACGCCCACUCGGAAGGCUGUUUAAAUAAGCUACUUAAACUGCUCGACUCCAAAACGUUGACCUUAGCCGGUGUGGUACUAGGUGUAGCGGGUAUUCAGCUGCUGACAAUUCUUUUCGCUUGCUGUCUGUUUAGCUCAUUCAGACGCAGCUACCAAACGGUUUAAAAACUAAGAAAUUACUAGCGACGCGUAUAACUACAUAACUAUUAAAUGGAGGCAUAAACUCACAAUAUACAUUUUUUGCAUUUCCCCAUGAGCAGAUUAAGGUGUGUGAGCUAAAGGAUUAGCUUGGAAUUAACUACGAAUCGUGAAAAUAUGGAAUAUUAUUUAAGGCGACUGUACCACAUCAUACACUUCUUUUAUGCCUAAGAAGACAGCACUGCUAUGCAGAUUUGUCCCAGCCCUUUGUAGCACCCAUAUCACACCAAUGCAGAUGAGUUGUUGUGUGAAUUUUAUGCUCAACUCUGCUGAAGAGCGCAGAGCUAAUAAGAAUAAUAUGAUAUGAAUUUACACCAAUAAGCACAUUUUUAUACUAAUUGUAUAUUCAAAUACUAGCAAUAAUCAUAUAGUGGCAUUGAUCACCUGGUAGUUUAGCACCAAUAAAACCAUUUUGUACCGACAUUGAUACGCAUUUUAUACGCCAUCGGGCAUUUAUACUGCAUAUCGCACAUUUGCUGCUGCAAGGGUGUCAGAAAAAAAAAGGAUGUGGAGAAAAGCGGCUACAAACAUUUUAAUUUUUAUACGAUCAGCGUAAAAGAAGGGUUUGUGGUCGUUUUUACAUGCUUAGAAUUUAACAUUUUUAAAUUUUUUUUGAAUGAUUCUUAAAGCAAAUGUGCGAAAUAUACAGAGAGCGUCAAAAGAAAUUGCGCGCUACUUAUUGACAAGUUUUGACUAUUUUUUUAUUAAUUUUUUAAUUUCAAUUCUUUUUUUUUUUCUUUAUAAAAAAUAUUGUUCACACUACAACAAAAAUCAUAUGCAAAGUUUUAAAUUUUGUACAAAAAAAAAAAAAUUUCGAAUAUUCGUUAUAUGGAGAAAAACACCCAACACCGUCAGCAAAAAAAAUUGUGAAAAAUCAAUGCGAAUUUUAAGCCACUUAAAACUUGCAUUUUAUUAUAUCAAAGUUCAAUGGAGUACAAAAUCGCAUACUCAAAAUUUUGAAAGAAAUUCCGUUUAAAAAGUUUGUAAUUUUGAUGAAAAUUUGUCGAAUUUUUAUAAAUUUUAUAUAAAGUGUGGAACUUUGCAUUAUAUAGUUUUUGUUGUGGUAAGAACUAUAUUUUUAUAAAAAAAUAAUUGAAAUUAAAAAAUAAUAAAUGAAUUUUCAAAACUUCUGAAUAUGUUGUGCACAGUUUCUUUCGACGCUGACCGCAUGUACGAGUAUAUAUACAUAUAUAUGUAUGUAAAUAAAUACAUUAUAUACAUGCAUUAAAGCUUUAAUUAUAGAUUUUCUUUCACAUACUUCACGAUUUGUGUACUUUUACAUAUUUUUAAAUGUGACUUUUAUUAUGUGAAGACUUUAUAUCUACGCUGCUUGCCUAGCCCUUUUUGGAGGCAUAAAGUGUAGAGCAGUUGCCAAACUCAAUUACAUAGAUAACCGAGCGGGCAAAAGGUAUACAACAUUUUUUAAAGUAAAAUAAAAAAAUAAUACUAAUAACUAAACGCGAAAUUGAUAUGUCUAAAUAAAUAAGUUGGCGUAAAGCAAUAACAACCAAAGUCGGAUAACAACCACAGCAACAGAGGCACUGUCGCCUUUGUCGCCUCAAUAAUAUUGACAAAUUUAAGAUUGCAUGUGAAGUAUAGUGCGGAUACUUUUGCCGUAACUCAAUCUCAACUCUGCUUUGAUUGUUAUGCUGGGCCACUUUGAAAAUAAUUUAUAUACUAUAUAUACAUAUAUGUACGUUUGUAUACAAAUCACUUUACAACCAACCUUUUUACAAUCAUUUAUAUGUAUUAUAUUUUAGCAUACAUUUAUUAUAUACCACGUUAUAAAAGUGUUUUGGAAAAUUUACUUACUUACUUAAUCAUACGAAAUACAAUACAUGAGCACACUUCAUUUUCAAAGCUGCCUCUUGCCAAUUUUUCUCAAGAAACUCACUUUUAUUCUAUUGUUGCGCAUACAAGGUGACUUAACAAGCCCAGAAACAAAAAAAAUGUAUUGCUGAUGUAAAUCUAAAGAAUUUUACAAUUCUCAAGUAUCAAUUCAAAAUGUGAAAUGUUGCAUAUCUACAACAAAGAAUUUAAUCGCUAUGAGUUAAAGGGUUAGGGGUAGUCAGAGGCCCGAAAAUUUAUGAUUUUCAAUAAUUUUUUUUUUUUUGCUAGUCAAUUGCUUUAUUUUACAAAAAUCAAAACAUAGCAUUAAUACAUCAUGUUUCGACUUGACUUUAGCAAAAUUUCAAACCGAAAUUUUGAAAAAAAAUCCUUCGAUCAGGCACGAGUUUCAAGCAAUAUAAAUUUUAUUGAAAUCUUCCAAGCUGUUUUUAAGUUACAGUGAUCACCAGUUCAAAAAACAUAGUUUUGAGAAAAACGCAUUUAAAUUUUUGCCACUUGCUCCGGAGCGCCCGAGCGCCCUU